AUGCACAUCCCUGGGCACAGGCUAGCAUCUUGGUGGCCCUGUCCUGCUGAGGAUUACCCUGGCAGAGACUCUACCUGUUUUUCAGCCAAUGAUUUUGGGCUGUUCCUCUCGGAUGAAGACCCAAAGAAAGGGAUCUGGCUGGAGGCUGGGAAGGCUCUGGACUACUACAUGCUUCGCAAUGGGGACACCAUGGAGUACAAGAAGAAGCAGCGACCCCUGAAGAUCCGCAUGCUGGAUGGGACAGUGAAAACGGUGAUGGUGGAUGACUCCAAAAUAGUCAUGGACAUGCUACUGACAGUCUGCGCUCCUGCAGGCAUCAACAACUACGAUGAGUACUCACUUGUUCGGGAGAUUAUGGAAGAGAAGGAGGAGGAGGUUACUGGCACCCUCAAGAAGGACAAGAUGCUGUGAGAUGAGAAGAAGAUGGAGAAGCUCAAGCAGAAGUUGCACACAGAUGACGGGUUGAAUUGGCUGGACCACAGCCAGACCCUGGGUGAGCAAGGCAUUGACAACAGUGAAACGCUGCUGCUACGGCACAAGUUCUUCUACUCUGACCGGAAUGUGGACUCGUGAGAUCCUGUGCAGCUUGACCUGCUCUACGUGCAGGCUCAUGAUGACAUCCUUAAUGGUUCCCACCCUGUCUCCUUUGACAAAACCUGCGAGUUUGCUGGCUACCAGUGCCGGAUCCAGUUUGGGCUGCACAAUGAGCAAAAGCACAAGCUGGGAUUUCUGGAACUCAAGGAUUUCCUGCCCAAGGAGUACAUCAAGCAAGAAUGCAAGAUCUUCAUGGCCCACAAGAAUUACAGGAACAUGAGUGAGAUUGAAGCCAAAGUUCACUAUGUGAAACUUGUUCGUUCCCUCAAGACCUAUGGGGUCUUCUUCUUCCUGGUCAAAGAGAAGAUGAAGGGGAAGAACAAACUGGUGCCGCGGCUGCUGGGGAUCACCAAGGAGUGUGUAAUGCGUUCUGUGCCUUUCAAUCGCCACGUGCAUGUGGAUGAGAAGGCCAAGGAAGUGAUUCAGGAGUGGAGCCUGACCAACAUCAAGCACUGGGCAGCUGUCCUG